AGGUGUGGUUGAAAAUAUAUAAAACUUAAAUUUAACUCGGUGUAAAGCGUGAAGCUAAUAGUUGACUUCAGCCGGUUUGCUAGAAACAGAAGCACAAUCAUCAAGGACAAUGACAGGCAGGCUACCGGCAUGCGUAAUCGAUGUGGGCACCGGCUACUCGAAGAUGGGAUUUGCUGGCAACAAGGAGCCACAGUUCAUCAUUCCCUCGGCCAUAGCCAUCAAGGAGUCGGCUCGCGUUGGCGAUACGAAUACGCGGCGCAUCACGAAAGGCAUAGAGGACCUAGACUUUUUCAUUGGCGAUGAAGCCUUCGAUGCCACUGGCUACUCCAUUAAAUACCCGGUGCGUCAUGGUCUGGUGGAGGACUGGGACUUAAUGGAGCGCUUCCUGGAGCAGUGCAUUUUCAAGUACUUGCGCGCGGAGCCCGAGGAUCACUACUUCCUGCUGACUGAGCCGCCACUAAAUACGCCCGAGAACCGGGAAUAUACGGCGGAAAUCAUGUUCGAAACAUUCAAUGUUCCUGGCCUGUAUAUCGCAGUGCAGGCCGUGCUGGCCCUGGCUGCCAGUUGGGCUUCCAGAUCCGCCGAAGAGCGCACACUCACCGGAAUUGUGGUGGACAGUGGCGAUGGAGUGACGCACGUUAUACCCGUGGCCGAGGGCUACGUGAUUGGCUCUUGCAUCAAGCACAUUCCCAUUGCUGGCCGCAACAUCACAUCGUUUAUCCAGAGUUUGCUGCGUGAACGGGAGGUGGGCAUACCGCCCGAACAAAGCCUCGAAACUGCCAAAGCGAUCAAAGAGAAGCACUGCUAUAUCUGCCCCGACAUUGCCAAAGAGUUUGCCAAGUACGACUCAGAGCCAAAUAAAUGGAUACGCAACUUUUCGGGCGUCAACACGGUCACCAAGUCGCCGUUCAACGUCGACGUCGGCUACGAACGCUUCCUGGGACCGGAGAUCUUCUUCCAUCCCGAGUUCUCGAACCCCGACUUUACCAUACCUCUCUCGGAGAUUGUCGACAACGUCAUCCAGAACUGCCCUAUCGACGUGAGGCGUCCGCUGUACAACAACAUUGUCCUCAGCGGUGGCUCCACCAUGUUCAAGGACUUUGGCAGGCGUCUGCAGCGCGACAUCAAGCGAUCGGUGGACACGCGCUUACGCAUCAGCGAGAACUUAUCCGAGGGACGCAUUAAGCCAAAACCAAUUGACGUUCAAGUGAUUACUCAUCACAUGCAGCGGUAUGCAGUGUGGUUUGGCGGCAGCAUGUUGGCCUCAACGCCCGAGUUCUAUCAGGUGUGUCACACAAAGGCUGCCUACGAGGAGUAUGGCCCGAGCAUUUGCCGUCACAAUCCCGUCUUUGGCACCAUGACAUAAUUGAUAUGUUCCGAUUUGAUUCGAUUCAGUCGGGGCCAGCCUGUCCAAUGCAGCAGAGGUGCAGUUAUUAUUAAUAUUUUCAAUUUUAAAUUUGAUUCUAUUUGCUUUGAUUAUGUUGUAUUCCAUGCGCUAAAGUAUUAGUACCGAUUUUCCCCUUGUAUGUUUAGCUUUUAAAAGCGUAUUAAAAGUGUGGUAAUUCUCUCCCUCUCUCUUUA